AUGGUACCUCAAAUCGGCGCCCUCACCAAACUCGUGUCACAGCAGCACGAAGCAGUGCAGAAACUCAACGGACAGCUGCUCCAGCUGCUGCGUCAAAGAGAACGGCUCAAGACAAGACGCCGACAGCAUUUCCUGAUGGUCACCGCGGUGCUCCAAGCGGUCUCUUUGAAACGAAGUGUUGACACUAAAAUGAAGUUCAGUCUCGAACCGUUCCCGGGAGAUACGGGCUUCACUCAAUGGAGGGACGCCAUGAAAAUGGUGGCUAGGCUCCCUGGCGGGAUCCCCGCCGAGUUUCGGAAACAGUUAUGGUUAACCCUCGCGGACCGCUAUAUAGUUUACAGACAGCUGGAUUGGCCAGCGAGCUGUCGUACCUGUCUAAACGAGAAGACGAAUCCCGACGACGACAAACUCGGAGUCCAGAUCGUGAAAGAUCUUCACAGGACGGGUUGCAGCCAUCUAACCGGAGAUGAUGAGAUCGCCGAACAGAAUCAAGCCCUCUUGAAGAGAGUCCUCUUGGCCUACGCGAGAUUCAACAAGCACGUCGGAUACUGUCAAGGCUUCAAUUUGCUUGCGGCACUCGUCCUACAGGUCGUGGAAUGGAACGAGGAGAACGCAUUGAAGAUGAUGAUCUACCUCAUCGAGGGCGUCUUGCCGAACGGAUACUUCACCAACGAUCUCCAGGGUCUCUCGGUCGAUAUGGCGGUCUUCCGCGAUCUGUUACGGCUGCGAUUGAGCGCCCUCGCAAAGCAUUUGGACCGUCUGCAGGCCCAGGCCAAUGACACUUCCACAGGUACCUCCGCCUACGAGCCACCACUGACAAACGUGUUCACGAUGCAAUGGUUCCUUACCUUGUUCUCGACUUGUCUUCCGGGAACCACGGUGCUGAGGGUUUGGGACCUCACGUUGCUCGAGGGGAACGAGGUGCUUUUGAGAACCGCGCUCGCGAUCUGGGACGGUCUCGCAGAUCGGAUAAUGGCGGUUGAAUCAGCGGAUGAAUUCUAUUCGAUAAUGGGUGUGCUGAGCCGGGAGAUGCUGGAGUUCGGGCUCAUGGACUGCAACGAUCUGGUCAACACAAUCUGCACCAUGGCUCCAUUUCCUUUCCCGCAGCUUCAAGAACUCCGGGAGAAAUACACGUUCGAUAUUCGGCCUUUCGCGCAAGGUUCCUUCGCGUCGGCACCGAGGAAGACAUCGAUCAAAGAGUUCGUCGGUUUGCGAUUAUUCUAUACGGACGAUGAUGAGGAAUCGGAGAUGGACGAGGACCAGCUCGCGCUCGCAUCGGCCGCCUGGUAUUCCAAUCAGAGACAUAACAAAGCCAACGUUUCUCUCGAUAUCGGGACCCUGAAAAGACAAUACGCCAAGCUGCGAGACCGUCAAAGACAAGCUCACGUCAUACUGACUUCAACGCUCAAAACUGCGAUAGAGCAACAAGGCCAGCUCGACCGACCGCGGCCGCGUCCGCCCGGACCGCGACCCGCCGUCGAUACUCUGUUGGCGGGACAGAAGCCCAUCGUUCGCAGAGUGCGCCCCACGCCAAAGGUCCAAUUCAGCAUGCCAAAAGAGGAGAGCAAUCUCCGCGAAGCCAACCGACCCCGCGGACCGCGUGCGAUGCGAACAAAAAUGAUGCUCGACGAAAGACUUUCUAGACAAACGCCCGCGGCACUGCCUCAAGGAGAAACUCUCACUUGGGAUCAGAUUGAACGCGAGAAACGUGAGGGGAUUCGGCCCCGCAGCUGGAGCAGCAGCAGCGACAGUUCAGUGACGUCAGCAGGCGAUCAGCCAGAUUCUUCAUCAACGGCGUCGCCCCUCCCUCCAGCCUCCCCUAGGCCCUCGGGCAAGCAAUUCGUCUCGAAUGAUGCGACGAGUCCCGAUCCAGAGGGCAGAGAAAGUAUUUCACAGAACCCGUCGGAAGAGGUCGCACUGGUCGAUGUUCCUGUGGACGAGAGCCUCUCGGAAGCGAAACCUCUCGAAUCCGGGGAAUCGCCGCUGGAUGAGUUUGAAGUUCGGAAUAACAGUGAGGCUCAAGCUCGGAGGACGGACGGGGACUCAGGGACGAGACUGGUCAACAAGGAAACGAAGCCGGAGAAACCGCCGAAGAAGCUCAUCAUCGCCGAUGUUCCCCCGAGCUGGUCAUUGAGCGGAGAAUCGAAUUCCCCACCUUCGAUCGCCAACGCCCCCCAGAUGUGGCAUCAGAUCCCCGACGGACCUUUCGUUGAGGAAGACACCGACAGUGAGAACAUUGCGACAACACCGCCGACCUUGGACGAACUGUUGGAGCGCUAUACUAAGGUCACGCAUUUAGUGGAGGAUGCUUCGGCUAGACUGGUCGCGUCGACUUCUAUCGAUUCAGGAGACUCGCGGACCCCACCUUCUCGAGCUGAGUCACCGCCGCCGGUCUUCAACCCUUUCCCGACCAACAGACAGGCCUACCUUGAUAACCAAGUCGCGCGGAAACUCGGCUUAUACACCAAGCACUGA